AUGCAGGGGAAGGCACAGCUCUCGGAUUCCAACCGGCGGAUCAUGGAGCUUGACGCGCCGCCACGGCGGGUGUACCAGGCGUGGAAAGGCAGCAAUCUAUUUUUCCUUGGAGGGAGACUUAUCUUUGGCCCAGAUGUGAGGUCACUUGUGCUCACAGUAUGUUUGAUUGUAGUCCCAGUGAUCUUCUUUGCUGCCGCCGUUUGUCCACAGCUUGGUCAUGAGUUCCAUAGCCAAAUUGGAGGUUGGGAGGCAUCUGUGGCUAUCAUCUUUACAGCAUAUAUUCUUGUUGUUCUACUUCUCACAUCUGGCCAUGAUCCUGGAAUUGUUCCUCGAAACGCUCAUCCCCCAGAGCCUGAAGACAUUGAUGAAUCCUCCAACUUACCAGAUUGCCCGGGUGGUCAACAAGGUUCGACAGGUUUACCACUUACCAGGGAUGUUCUUGUCAAUGGUGUUUCAGUCAAGGUCAAAUAUUGCCAUACAUGCAUGCUUUAUCGUCCGCCAAGGUGCUCCCAUUGCUCAAUCUGCAACAACUGUGUAGAACGUUUUGAUCACCACUGUCCUUGGGUAGGCCAGUGCAUUGGCAAGAGGAACUACCGAUUCUUCUUCAUGUUUGUGUUUUCGACUACUCUACUAUGCAUAUAUGUGUUUGCAUUCUGCUGGGUCAAUCUCAGGAGAAUUAUGGACAUGCAUCAAUGUAAAAUUGGUAGAGCGCUUUUGAAGUCUCCUAUCUCCGCUCUUCUCAUCCUAUACACAUUUAUUGCUGUGUGGUUUGUAGGAGGAUUGACCUCAUUCCACCUCUAUUUGAUUUCUACAAAUCAGACCACUUAUGAGAACUUCAGAUACCACUAUGACCUGAGAACAAAUCCUUACAACCUUGGAGUGGGCCGGAAUUUCGUCGACGUCUUGUUUUCAAUGGUACCCAGCUCAAAACACAAUUUCAGAGCAAAAGUUAAGGAUGAUUCUUCAGCCUUCACGUCAUCCCUCAGUAUGGGACGGGUUCUAAGUCCGCCCAAGAUGAGCGUGGACCUCGAGAUGGGCAUGAAAAGGCAAGCGGUGGCUGCAGAGGACUUGGAAGACUUGCACAGCCAGAUCGGCAGUGCUAUAGGGCUGGAGAGAUGUGGCACUGAACCGCCGCAUUUUGUUGGUCGAAAGGGCUGCUCUGAGACGUCAUCUGACAUAGAGGCAUUCGCAGAAGAGUUUGGCAUGGAACGUGGUUUCAAUGAGAGGAAAAAGAUUGAGAGACCUUCUGAUUUUGUUGAAGCUGUAAUUUGUAACAUUAACUUGGCUAGUGCAUUCAUUUCAUCGAUCAAAUUUCAUGCACUUUUGUUUGCUAGCCUUUUAGAUGGAAAAAAACGGGUGUUUUUCCGUGAUGUUUUGAUAAAUUCAUUGCACAUAUGUUGGGAAAUGCUGCAGAUUCCGAUGCUGCUUGAGAAGAGAAAUUCUUUGUGCAUCAUUUUUACAGAUUCCAAUUGUAGAGGUCUAUCAUGUUCUGAAACCCUUGGUGUGAACCGCGCACUCCCAGUUGGGUUCCGCCCACCGUCGCCGCACGCGACGCUCUGCGCCCAGGAGUGCAUCGCACCUGCCCAGGGGUCACGCCCGCCGGCCGCCGCUCAACCUUCACCGUCCCCGCCGCGCUGA